UAAGAGCUUUCAUUCUGAGACUUCUGUCUUCAAUGUGGUAACAUGCUGCCGUUAAGAGCUGAAGUGAGAUUCUGUUGCACACUUUAAUCUUCAGUCAUCAUCAAGACAACAUGAAGACUGCAGCUGUCACACUGCUCUUUGGUGUGUGUGUGCUGCUGCUGUCUGCACUGACUGUUUCUGCAGUCUCUCUGCAUGCUAAACCAGACUCAAAGCAGUUCUUCAGUAAUUGUGGUCAAGUGUCUCUGCGUUGUGUUGACGAUAAACAGACAGCUGAUGGAUGGACAGUGAAGAGGACCACAGGAGGAGUCACUGAGGACUGUGGAUUAGCUGCAGGCUUUGAUCUUGAUGAUUCUCAAUGUAAUCUCAAUUUGUGCAGCCCCUCUGAUGGAGCUUACUUCUGUGAAAGCUCAUCUGGACAGCGUAGCGAUGAAGUUAACAUCACUGUUUCAGAAAAAGGAGUGAUCCUGGAGAUCCCUGCACUUCCUGUGAUAACAGGAAGUGAUGUCACUCUGCGUUGCAGACAAAGCAAUGGUGACACGGUGGCAGCUUACUUCUUCUUCAGUGGACGUCUUCUUGGAUCUAGAUAUAAAGAGCACACCAUCUCCAAUGUGCAGCAGUCUAAUGAGGGUCUGUACUGGUGUGCUACUGAUUUGGCUGGACCAUCUCCUAAAAGCUUCCUGAAGAUCAGAGAUCCUAUAACUGCUUUCACAUCUUCUGUGGCUCCUCCUCAUCUUGAAACCAUGCGCUCCAGCUCCUCUCUUCCCUCUUCUUCUCAUCCAACCAGCUCUUCCUCACCUCUUCCUCAACCUCCUCCUUCCUCUCUGUCUGUGUUCAGACUUCUCUUCCACCUGCUGGUCUUCUGUCCAUACUUCAUCACAACCGGUCUGCUGCUGUCCAUCUACCUGGACCGGAUCUCCGCCACACGCUCAGGAAACAGAGUUGUUCUUUCCAUGGAGAUGACCCACCAGGGUGGGCAGAAUGAGGAUGUUGCUGUUCAUGUCACCACUGAGCAUGACUUCUCGGAGUGAUCCAAAUUAAUGUUUCAGUGCAGCAGUGACCUGAAACAUGUCAAUCUUCUUGAAGUCUGAUGAAAAUUUAUGACACGUGAUCAGAGAGAGCGACCAUCUCACCGAAAGCUUCAGCUUCUCAUUUAUUAGAAGGAAAACGUAAUUCUGGUUUUCUCUUGUUCACUUCCUGUGAAGCCCCCGAAGCUGUUUCAUCAGAGCCUCACUGAAGCUGUUAAUAACUUGUUUUAUAUACUUUAUGUCUGUCACUAAAAACUAUAAAUAAAGAUAUAUUUCCCACAUCCACAAUAUUAAUAAAAUAAAUAUGUAUGAAACAAUAGAAAAAAUAGAGUGGGCCUUUCUGCUUUAUACAGCAUUAUUUUAUGAGUAUAACAUAAGAACAUGAGCAACACCGC